AUGGAAGAACCCGAGGUGGAUAUUAAUACGCUCAUUGAUGAGAUGGAUUAUAUUCCUGGUCACUUUCACCUUGAUAUGAACUUGAAUUUUGAAUCCUCUUCACCUAUGCAUUUUCAAGGGAGAGACUUGAAGCUAAAACGAGAAAGCUUAACUUAUGAAUUAGAAUUUGAAACUGGCACCCAGCAGUUUGCCAUCAGAAGCCUCCUUGGAGUCUUUUCUUUCUACCUGGAGGACGUGGAGCAUGCCAAGGAGAUUUUCCUCCACAUCACUCAGGAGGACCUGGAGAAUCUGAAUGCCUGGGCCAAUCUGGCCUAUGUGUACGACCGGCUAAACAAUGAGCAAGAGGUGGCGAAGUGCACCAAAAGACUCUCCCACCUCAUGGGCUUGGAUUCCGAUGACAAGCCUCCAGGGGAUGCCCAGCUCAGAGCUGCCCGGUGCUUGGCAGAGCAGGGUUAUGCAUAUGCAUUUGAUGUUGGACUGAUGAGUGAAGAAGAGAAGCUGGGGAAACUGACAGCCGGCCUUGCUCUCUAUGGGAAGGCUCUUGCUUAUGGGAAGCAGAUCCCUUUGGAGGAGAAAAGAAGCUGGUACUUCACUAUGGCCACACUGCACAUCAGAUUGGAUGGAAUGUGGCUGAACAAUGGUAAUGAUGAAGAUAAAAGGUUGCCAGCCUUCAACAGGACGUUGGUUUUGCUUCAAGAAGUCCUCAAGUCUUCUAAUUUAAAUUACAGAGCUCUAUCUUGGUGUUAUCUUGGAAUAUUACUUGAAAGGACAGAGACAUUCUCAACUACUCCUGUGGGCAUUCAGGACUGUGGUUACUCUGAGAAGGGGCCCCUUGACUGCUUUGGAAAGGCAAUAGAAAUAGCAAGAGAUAAUCCACCUGUUCUAAACCGUCUGGCAAAAAUCUUCCACUUCCUUGGUAAGCAAGAGAUGGCAAUGGCUGUCUGCAACAUGGCAUUAGAUGCGCUGCCAGACCCAGCACUCAACUGGCAAGCAUACUGUAUGCGUGCUAAGAUGCUAAUUAAACUAUAUUUGCGUGACCUGGAACGUGUAAAGAUGGGCUUGGGAGGAAUGCCAGACCAGAAAAACCUCUCUGAUGCCAAAGCUGAUCUUGAGAGUGUCAUGGAGGUACAUCCAUGCCUGAAGACAUACCUUGACCUCGGCCAGAUCUAUUAUUACAUGGGAGUCGAUGCCAUGCAGGAACUUUUCCUAGUGGAUGAAAAUGCCCUAAAUACUGCCCUUGUGUUCUUUGCCAAAGCUAUGGAAUUGGACCUGGGGAAUGUCCUACCUGAAAUCCAGUUACUGAGGGGAAAAUGUCUACGGAUCAAAAAUGAAGAGCUGAAUGCCCUUAAAUGCUUCAAGCAGGCAAUAGAGUUGGAUGAUGUGGGUUCUGUUUAUACGGAGAGCUUCCGGUGUCUGAUGGAAACACUGCUUAACUUGUUCAGUCAGAAGAGGAUGAACACUGAGAUGCUGAUGCAGGAGGUAGAGCUUUGGGUAAAGAAGGCUGAGGGAAAAUACCCAAAGCAGCGACUGCAGCUGGAGCUUAAGCUGGUGUGCCGUCAUUACACAGCUGAGGUGCUUGAACUGUCGAAAGCCAUGGUAGCCAGAGGGAAGACUGAGCUGGUGAAGCUGCUUUUUGAAACAAUGAAAUGUGACUUUAACAAAGGCAAACUGAAUGAACGCUCACUCUCUUUUUGAACAGCUGGUUUC